CGUCACUUUGCAUAGUUAAACACUUGUUCCUUUUCGUUUAACCUAACAAAGCAUAUACACUCGCCACUGUAAAUCAAUCACGCCGCUGUUAGAAGAUGGAGUUUUGUCCAACAUGCGGGAGCAUGCUGAUGAUUGAGCUACCGAAUAUGGGUCACGCCACUAGGUUUUAUUGCACCACUUGCCCGUAUGUUUGUCCAAUCGAAAGAGGGGUUAAGAUUAAGAGAAAGCAGAUUUUGGUUAGAAAAGGGAUUGAACCUGUUAUCUCCUCUGAUGACAUGAAGAAUGCACCCACUACUGAAGUACCAUGCCCAAAUUGCCGCCAUGAUAAAGCUGCUUAUAAGGAGGUUCAGACUAGAUCAGCUGAUGAGCCUGCAACAUUAUUUUUCAAAUGCUUGAAUGUAAAGUGUGGGCACAAUUGGAGAGAGGGUUGAUAUGCAAUAUAUUUUUGUCAUACCAUAGAGAUAUAGAAGCUUUUCAUGCUGUUUCUGAUUAGAAUUAUGUGACAGAUAAGAAUGUUUUAUUUUAUUUUACUAUUCAUUAAGUAAUGGUUACGGAAAUUGCAUAUUGUAUUAUGAUUUCUGGAACA